AUUUCCUGGUGAUGUCAUCCCUCUAUUGCGCAUGUGCAAAGUGUGCUGUCCUGUCUGGUGUAUGUGAAGUCCUGAUUUGAAAUAGUUAUUGCUGCAAAAAAAAUGGCGGAAGUGGAGGAGACAUUAAAGCGCAUUCAAAGCCAGAAGGGUGUUCAAGGAAUAAUAGUUGUCAAUGCAGAAGGUAUCCCUAUCAAAACGACGCUGGACAAUUCCACCACUGUCCAGUACGCAGCUCAGAUCCACCAGCUGGUGCUGAAAGCCCGGAGCACAGUCAGAGACAUGGACCCCCAGAACGACCUGACGUUCCUGCGACUCCGCUGCAAGAAGAAUGAGAUCAUGGUGGCACCAGAUAAAGAAUAUUUCCUGAUUGUCAUCCAGAAUCCCACAGACUAAGAAGAUUUUUAUCAUUUGAUGGCCAAAUCCAUUUGUAAACAGCGUGCCAGAAAACGAUGUUGCCACACACCCUCCUGUUUGUGUUGAAAAUGCAUUCCUGUCUCAGCAAAUGAUUACACAGCCGGUCACAUCUCUUAUACAACAACAAAAGCACAACAGAUAUAGUAAAAUUUGACACUACAGAUAGCAUUAGAUAGUGUAAAAUUGCACAGAAAUGUUACCAUAUACAUAUUUAGCUUAUUCAUUUUUUUAACUGUAGAUAUUGUGUUUAGCAACUUUGCAUUUCAAUAUGGGUCUAAAUAAAUGAGGAUAUAGGAAGCAAAUUACCCAAAACAGAUCAAAAUGCAAAUCUAUAUUCCCUCAUCUGAAUUUGACUGUUCCCUCCCUAAAGACCACUCAAAACUGUUGAAUGCUCUUGCCGUAUAGUAAAGCUGGCACCUCUCUAAGCAGCAGACCAGUGAACUUGUGUAAUUCUGUCUGCCCACACAUGUACAUUCCUUAGCGCUGAGAGAGUCCUCGGAGAAAACAAACCAUUUCUGAAGCAGCUCUUCAGAAAACCAUUUGUCAAGUCUUUUUGUUUUACUCACUUGUGAACAUUUCCAUACAGCAGCCCACUUGUUGCUGGUGAACGAUUGUGUGCAAUUAAAACCAUUUGAGAGAUAAUGUAAAAAUCACGUUGGGGAGGGUUAAUGCAUAUUGACAUUUCAUUUGAGUCUUCGUAACACACAACUUUGCAAACAACAUUUGGGGUUAGGCUUGUUAUUUAUUGUUUAAACAAAACAACCAUUGCUGUUUUGCCACAUUAAAAAAAAAAAAAAAACUAGGUAUGUAUA